AUGGCAGCAAAACAGGCAGGAAUUUCAUUGCUCAAGCAAUUAGCCAUCUCCGCUCAAACUGUGAGAAACGCUUUGAAGGCAGAAGUCAAGACCGCUGCUGAGAAAAGAGGUGUUACUGAUCUUAGAUUUGUUAAGAUCGAAGACGGAAAACAAAGCGAAGUUAAAGAAUUGAAAGCUAUUGACACAUAG